UUGGAUGUAUUUAUUGAUUUUAUUGACUUCAGCUUAACUAUUCAGUCAUUCGAUAGUGGUAGGCGUGAUUGCGAAACAUUCUUGAAUUAUGAAAAAUGUGUGUCUGAGCUACAGGAAAAGAUAAGCUUCUUGAAUGCCGAACUGCAAGAAAAGGAAGCCCUGAUCGAGAGUGAAAGAUCCGCACACAAGGCUCAGUUGCGAGAUUUUAUCACAGCUGUAAAGGUAGCUGAGAGAUGUCGCGAGGAGGCUCAGUUGGAGUUAACGCAGUGGGCUCCGCUUUUGUCAUUCAUUUUAUUUGUGAUCAUGAUAAAAUUGGUGAUUUAA